UUCACGUACACAUCCACAGGCUCUCUCUCUCUCUCUCUCUCUCUCGUUUGCUUUAUCUUCUUCAGAGUUCUGAGAUUCCUCUGCUUCUUUCCGAUCCUUCACUGUGAGAAUAAUGGCUGAAAAGGGGGAAAAAACAUGCCCUAUAUGUGCCGAGGAAAUGGAUUUCACAGACCAGCAAUUGAAGCCAUGCAAAUGUGGUUAUCAGAUGUGUGUUUGGUGUUGGCAUCACAUAAUGGAAAUGGCUGAAAAAGAUGGAACUGAUGGUCGUUGUCCAGCAUGUCGUGCACCUUAUGACAAAGAAAAGAUUGUGGGGAUGGCAGCAAAUUGUGAAAGGUUAGUGGCUGAAAGAAAUUUGGAGCGGAAACAGAAACUACAGAAGUCGAAGCCGAAGGCGGCUUCUGAAGGAAGGAAACAUCUUAAUGAUGUUAGAGUUAUUCAACGGAACCUAGUGUAUAUAAUUGGAUUACCUCUUAACCUUGCAGAUGAAGAUCUUCUUCAGCACAGGGAGUAUUUUGGCCAGUAUGGGAAGGUUAUGAAGGUGUCCAUUUCUCGUACAGCAAAUGGGGUUAUCCAACAUUCUUCAAACAACAGCUGCUGUGUGUAUAUAACAUACUCAAAAGAGGAGGAAGCGGCUCGAUGUAUUCAAUCAGUGCACAGUUUUGUGUUAGAUGGUAGAUCCUUGAGGGCCUGCUUUGGAACCACAAAAUAUUGCCAUGCAUGGUUAAAAAAUUUGCCUUGCAGCAAUUCAGAUUGUUUGUAUUUGCAUGAUUAUGGCUCUUUGGAGGAUAGUUUUACCAAAGAUGACCUAGUUUCAGCCUUUGAAAGGAGUAGAAUUCAACAAAUCAUUGGUGCUACAAAUAAUUUGCAUCGGCGUUCAGGGAAUGUUUUACCUUCCCCAGCAUUUGAGAAUGCCAAUACCAGCAUAUCAACGGCCAAACCAGUUGCGAGAAGUCCUUCAAAUUACACUAGCAAUGAGGUUCGGGGACCUCCUGCAGAUAAUGGCUCCGGAAGAUCUAGUGUACCUCCUAAUGCUGCCUCUUGGGUCAUGCGUGUCUCCACUAGUCUGCCACCAGUGACAAGUAUUUCUGUUUCUGGACCUUCCAAUCAAAAUCCCGAUAUAUCUGAUAAUUCCCAGGUUCUUCCAUUAGACGUAAUGACUGAAAGAUCUACCCAUGAUGCAACAAAAUCUAUGAUAGAUGAAGAAAGCUGGGAAGUGCAUUCUAAUGCUAAAUUGAAGCCAAUAGAGUCUACCAAACAGUUUGUUGAUGGAAAUUGUCAAGUAGUUGAAUCCAAUACCAAUGCAGAGAGUAUUCUAGAUUCAACCCGUGCCACUGUGACUUCCAGCAAACACUUUUCUCAUCUAUUAGCAGCUAAGGGCAUCAAUCAAAAUAUUGCAGCGCAAUCCACCAGCACAAGCUCUCUUGAACUAAUUAAACCAUCCUAUAGUCCAGGUUUCCUUAAAGAUGGAAGUAUUCAUGCAGAUGGGAAUGUCCAGGGCUUAUGCUCUGAUUUAUCAUCAACGAACAAUCAUAAUCAUUUUAAACAGAACUUCUCUGGUUCAGUUGGUCCAGAGGGUGACCUAACUCAAACAAAAGGUGCACAGCAAGAUGAUAAAGAGCUUUCUGGUGAAGCUUCAAUGUCAACAGCUUUUAUGGAAGCUGCACUCAUGGAAGGCUUACUAGGUUUAGAUGAUCAGCAGCCGAAGGAUUUCAAGGGUAUCCAUCAGCAGCCAUCCAUCUCUUGUUCGCCUUGUCUAUAUCAGAAUUUAAAUCAGCCAAGCUGUCAUUUCUGGCAGCAUGGUGAGGUAUCCAAACAAAGUAAUGUUGUUCAGGAUCCUAGAAUUGUAUGCAUGAAACAAGAGGAAGAUGCUUAUCAAUUGACAUCUGAGAGUACUGUAUCAUCUAAUGGCUUCAAUGAUAAUAAAAUUAAUAUUCUUCCUGAUUUUGGUGGGACGUUUGGUUCCUCUAGUGUGUUCUCUGAGAAGGGAUUAGGGAAUUUGGGCAUUUAUGAAAAACCUGUACUUGGUGUUAACAAUAGUGCUGAGUCUGAUAUUGGAGAGAGCAGCAUAAUCUCAAAUAUUUUGUCUUUGGAUAUUGAUACAUCGGAAGAUUCAUUAACCUCCCCUCACAAUUUGGUGAAGUUCUUGAGUGAAACUGGUAAACAGCAUGCUUCCAUUAAAGUACCAAAUUUACAAAAAGCACAAGAUAAGAAUCAGUCCAGAUUCUCAUUUGCCAGACAGGAGGAUUACCUAAAUCACAUAUCUGAUUUUGAGAAUUCUUUGGGUAGUAUCAGGCAUGUGCCCAAUGAAUAUUCCACCUCACGUGAUUUUGUAGAAAAGAAGCAUCCUUAUAUAGACACAUAUGAGCAUAACUUUUCAUCCGGUAGUUUUUUGGAGUCUGGUAGGUAUCCCAGCAGUGAUCCUUUUACGUCCUCUAAACUUCCUGUUUCUAGAGCCCCAACUUCGAUUCCACCGGGAUUUUCAGUGCCAACCAAGGCAACGCCUCCAGGAUUUCCUUCUCAUGGGAGAAUGGAACAGGCAUUUGACCCUUCUGCAUAUCGUUUGCUGCAAAAUUCUGCAAGAACUGGAAUUUCUGGCUUCACCGAAGAUGUUGAGUCUAUUGAUCCAGCAAUACUGGAAGUUGGUAAAGGGAUUCUAAAACGGGGGUUGAAUAAUGCUGGCUUUAAUAUGAGACCAACUCUAUCUCAACAGUUUAGUCCUUUUGAGCAAGAUCCAAGGCUUAACAUGCUUAUGCAACAAUCUAUUUCCCCACAGCAGAACUUAGGAUUCCCGGAUAACUUUGGGAAUAGAUUCUCUCCCCCACAUGAUGCAUAUAGAUUUUCCCCGAUGCUUCUAGAUCAAGUUCAACCCAACAAUCCAUCUGCGCUAUUGACUGCUCAACAAAUUGGUAAUAUGCAGAUGUCAAAUGGCCAUUGGGGUGGAUGGAAUGAGGCGAGGAAUGUUAGUGGUCUGGGUAUAUCAGAAUUACUUCAAAAUGAGAGGAUGGGAUGUAACAAGUUUAUUCCCGUUUAUGAGGAUGGAAAGUUUCCAAUGUCUACUUUCAGCAAUCUACCCAACAGAGAAUUUGGGAUGUGAAUUUUAUUUUGUAAUUUCUCUUUUAAACUUGAUUCGGUGGCCAAAUGUGACUGAGUGGGUUUACUUGGUGGAUGUCAACUGCCCCUGCUUAGUAGUAGUUAGGGUGUGUAAUUUUGUGCAGAUGAUUUUAUUAGUAACAUCUGGUAAGGAGCAGCUUGUCUUUGUUAUUUUGGGAAGUUAUUUUUUGUCCCUGAAAAAAGUAAUGGGAUUAGGUUGUUUGCAUUGGCAGAGUGGAAAAUGAAGCUGGCAAUGGCUCUCCUGCUAACUCCCUGGUUAGUUUCUACCUGAUGAGUCAUCUCUUGGCAUCAUAUCAUUUUUUCCAGGUAAGCUGGGUUAACAACACUGGUAUUGGCUGUGUGUCUAUGUAAAACAAUUUUGUCAAAUCUUAUGUAAUGAAUCUGUUGCUGACCAAGUUAUGGAUAAAAUACAAGAUAAAGUUUUCUAUGUAGGAAGUCUUACGAUCAAACUCCCUUAAUUGAUUGAUAAAACCUAAGCAAUUAAAAAAUAAUAAUGUGAAAAAAGAGAGGAAAAGAGAACAGAAGAACACCAAAAAUUGAUAUUACAACUGUAAUUUGCAACAAAUCCGUUGUCUUUGCUUGUAUUUGGUGCCAUGUAGAACUUCGGGCUGGUAACUUGUUCCUAAUUGAUUGUUUCUGUUUGAUGUCUCUUGAAGUAAUAGAACCAGCUUUCUUUUUUAAUUAUAAUUAUUAAUGCAAAACAUAAAUCAAAGGGAAAUGAGAUUUGCGUCUUAACUGUUUAGUUGAUUAGUUGAAAAAUGGAAGAUCACAAAUACAAAAUGGAGGGACUGGGGGUCGUGUAAACAGACAUAAAUCACAAGACUGAAGUGGAGGCUAUGUUUUGUUUGGAACGUGCUGUGGAUUUGGAUACCUAAUUACUCAAUUUUUAACGAUGCUGUCCUCUACCAAAGGUUUGAUGAACCCUAUGCAUUUUAAGAUCACGUCUUCUACAUUUUGAACAUCAUAGUGCCAGAACUUGGUGUCACCCACGUAGCUCCGUAGCAAGUUUAUGGAUGGUUUAUUCAAAUUAAUAGUGCUUCACCUCCGGCGCCAUUUUGUGACAUGAAGAUGCAGAUGGUUGUUUGCUUAUGGCCUAAGGGUGUCUGUAAUCGAAAGGGAUACCUAGAAUCUCUUUGUAUUCGGACCUACCACAAAUUUUUGAACAGCUGUAUGUCUGGCCAUGAUGAAUAUGUAAAUUCUCUUCUUCGGGCCAGCUGAUAUAUAUCUAGAUGUAGUAGCUCUUCUGAUUUAAAUUAGACAUUAGUCAUGUAAUCAUCAAGUGUUGCAAGUUAUAUAUUAGUGUGAACUGGGAGGCUUAUGGACU